AUGGCGGCUGGCUGUUGUGGAGUUAAGAAGCGGAACUUAUCAAGUUCCCCUCCUUACAAUUCUGGAGGUGAAGAUACUUGCAUCAGUGAAAUCCAAUGUCAUACAGAAGAGAUGAGUUUGGGGGGAUCUGGAGUACUAAUUAAUGGACUUCGGGAACAAGUUGAAGGAGAUACAAACCUAACUCCACAGAACUUAGUUGAAGAAACCGUCCAAGGACAUCAAGAGGAUGGAGGUAAAUCAGACUCUCCUGGAGCUCCGAAGAUGAUAGUGUCCCCUGAAAUGUGCUACUUUUGUUUCGAUGUACUCUACUGCCACCUGUACGGGUACCAACAACCCCGUACUCCGGGAUUCACUAACGAACCCUAG